CUCGAACAAGAGAUAACGUUCACUGCAGCUGUAGCUGUGCGCACUACAAAGCCGCAAGUAUAACAGAAGAAUAGAUAGCUUUGUGGACACAGCAUUGACAGCAAAGAGCCAUGGUUCAAGCUAAAACUUGGGUCCUGAAGCAACACUUUGAGGGCUUUCCCAAAGCCAGCGACUUUGAGCUGAAAGAAGAGCAGCUCCCGGAGCCCAGAAAUGGAGAGGUUCUUCUGGAGGCUCAGUUCCUCAGUGUGGAUCCUUACAUGCGACCAUACAGUCGUGUUCGAAUGCAAGCUGGAGACGUGAUGAUCGGAACUCAAGUGGCCGUGCCCUUAUCCACACCUGCACAUGAUUUUUAAGCAGUUGAAAAUGGAAGGUUUCUUGGUGAGCAGGUGGGAGCAUAAAAAUGAAGAGUCACUGAGGGGAAUGUUGACCUGGAUGCAAGAGGGGAAGCUGAAGUGUAGAGAGCAUGUUACUGAUGAGUUUGAAAACAUGCCUGCUGCUUUCAUGGGGAUGCUCGAGGGACAAAAUGUCGGGAAGGCCAUUGUUAAAGUCUGAUAGCUAGCUAGUGCUUCAGUAGUUUGUAGAUGGAACAUCAAUGCUGCCUUUUUGUUAGUGAUUCUGCAUUAAUAAUUAAUCAUUUCCAUGUUGUGUGUUUACUGGUCAAAGUCAAUUGCUUUGUUUUAUAAAGAUUCUAAUACAUUUUAUUUUUUCUAAAUGACUGUCACAUUUCCUAGGACAGAGAAAUGUGUAAAUCAAGAAAUUAAAAAGAUACUUUUUCUAAAAUUAAGCCUAUUUUUAC